GUAGACCUCUCUUCAAGGGCAUGGACCAAAAUACACUGCGCCUGCGCAGUCCGAGUGGCCCCGGAAGCACACCGACACACGUGUAGCGUUUGACAACCUUGAAAAGACUACAAAACAACUCAGCUGGUAGCUUAUGUCUCACAACAAGCCGUCCCAGCGAUGCCUGUAACAAGACUACUAUACCCUCUCUACCAGCUGGGAAACCCUCAGCUGAGGAUCUUCAGACCCAACUGGUUCCUGACUCUGGUGAGGCCGGGAAGAGAGCAGCCUCCUGACACUGCCCAGUUUCGCAUCCCAAUGGAAAUGACCAAGUGUGACGUAAAGAACUACCUGGAGAAGAUCUAUAACGUCCCUGUGGGAGCAGUCCGUACCAGGAUACAGUUUGGCUCUAACAAGAAGAGGAAUCACCUAAACCAGAAGGUUAAGCAGCCUGACUAUAAAGUAGCCUACGUUCAGCUGGCCCAGGGCCAGACGUUCACCUUCCCUGACAUCUUCCCGGAAAAAGACCAGGUGGUGGCGGAGGGGUCUAUGGAGGAGAUGCAGGAGAAGUUCAUGGAGGACGAGAAGCAGAGGCAGAAACUCGACCCCAGGAGAGGAGGGGUCACUGAGUGGUUCGGACUCUGAGACAACCCACUGACCGGGAACUCUGUGCUCGUAUGUGUGCGUGGGUGUUUCAUUGGGAGCAACAUGUGUUGAUUUACAACGCGACUGUUGUGAAGUCACUUCUAUUUCUGUAAGAAAACACUCAUGAGUGUGUAGUAAAGAAGAAUGAGCGUGUGUGUGAGACUGGAGACAUGUGUUUUGUGUGUGUGUGUGUGUGUGUGAGUUUGCGAGGCUUCAGUCCAGUAACCCAAGCCAGAACAGAAUCACAGGAGGAGGAGAGUGGCCCGGCUCCAUCUUUCAUGAAACCAGCCCACCAUACAGAAUCUCCAUCACCUCAGAUGACCUCUUCCCGUUCCUCCUCCCACUCAUCCUGUUCCACCUCCUUCUCCUUUUACUCCUCCUCUUUGGCACCACUACCUCUGCACCUCCUCUUUUGUUGUCUCUCCUCUCUCCUCAGGAGUUUCCUUUCCUUUUCGCCUGUCUCCUCUGCUGUCCCUAUUUAUCCUCGUCCCUCUCCUACUCCUCUUCCUCUGCCAUGCUGGGGAGUGGUAUACUGUGGUAUCCCUAGUAGCCCUGAUUCUCCGCCAGCUGGAUCAGACUACCUGGACAACCCACAUCCUUUCCUGUUUUAUGAGUUUGCCUUGGAUUAAUUGACCACUUUAGGUAAACAACAAUUGAGAUGUUGUUUCAGCAAAGCAACAAUAUGGAAUUUGCUGGAGUGUUUUAUUAUUUUGUGGUAGCACCUCUUGCCAUAACUCUGAAAGAGAAUUGUACCCCAGUGUUUGUGUGUGUUUGCCUAGCGCGCAGGACUUGCCAGUGAAUCUGUCUAAUUGUAAGUGCUGCUGGAAUGAGAACUAAUAAACGGUCACUUGUCCAAAAGUG